ACGCUGAAAGGCAGCGGGACCAGAGGGUCCUCCAGUUUCCUGGGCUAAUCCAGGAGCUGGGGUCAAGCCUCUGAUCCCCUACUUUCUUCUUGCGACUUGAGAGAGGUUCCGAAGGCGCUACUGGGUCUAGGUUGGGGGGAGGGGGUUGUCAGGAGUUCAGGGGCCCCUGAAGCUUCGGCUCCAGGUCACUGGGGCAGCGCCAGAUGGUGAUACAACCCCCUCCCUCUGGCUCCAGGUUCUGCACCCCUGGGACUAACAUCAUAACUUUCUCCGAAUCCCUGACAUGUGAGAAGCGCCUUAGCUGACGUCAUUCCCAGCCCCCAAACGAGGGGUCUUAGACCCCAUUUCAUGGAAGGGAAACUGAGGCGCUGAGAGGGGAAAUAGCUUACUCGAAGUCAUGCAACCAGUUAGAGUCAUGCCUACCUAGUGAGUAGCAGAUGCAUUAGCCAUGGGCACAUAGCUAGUAAGAGCUCAUUACAAGUAACAAGUUACACAUCCUCCUUCCACUGAAGACUCUACCUUGGGCUAAGCACCAUUUAAAUUUGAUAGAGCUCCUAGGUUUCCUCACUCCUGGAUCUUUUCCCAGGAGGUCUCUGGAGAUUGGGUCCCCUUUUGAGGCCCUGACACUCUGUUCUUUGGAGUUGCCAAGCCCAAUAAAAUCACUGCCUCCUAGCUGUUCUGACCACAGAAAUGUGAGGCAAUGCCUGCCUCAGGGUGUCUCCGAUGUUGGGAUGGAGUGGAGGUGAGAGUUCCCUCUGUUUGGCUCUUCUUCACCUCCCAGCCCCAGAGUUGUCAGCUAGAGAGGACUGACCUGGCCUAGUGCUAGGGACUACAAGGCUUGUGCUGCCCCUCUCUGCUCACAGAGAGGGACCAGAGAAGGAGCGGGAGAAGGAGAGCCUCUGACUUUCCAAAUAGAUGGGCCUACGGGCUGGACCAGCAGUCCCAUCCCAGCCUAGACUUUGCUCAAGGAUGGCCUGGAUGGGGUAGAGGUGGCUUGGGGCUCCAGUGUUAUUCUGGGCACAGCUGCUAUAGUUAUUAAUGGGAACGGUUCUCCCUGGAGCAGAACUGGGAAUGUAAGAACCAGGAACUGUCAGGGCUGGGAAAGAAAAAUCCUGGGAGCCUCCCUUAGUGGUCAUGAGAGGAGGCAGCCACUGGCUGGCUGGUGAGGUUGUCAGUUCUGGCUCUGUCACUGACUUUCUCUGUGACCUCAGGCAGGGAGCUUCCCCCACCCUAAGCCUCCCUUACCUCAAUCUGUUUGUAAUUUGAGGAGGCCCAGAGUAGACUCUGGUACACAGUGGGUGCUCUGGAAAAUGCAGGAUGAAUCUUGGUGCCAGGAACCUCAGACCCUUUUAUAGCUGAAAGAGGCAGUGACUUGAUCAAAGUCUGACUCCUGUCUGACUUCCCCGUGUCCCCUGCAUCAUUAUAUUUUGGGGGUUGUUUACUGAGGGCUUCCUGACUGUGUUCACUCUGGACUGAAUGCUCAGUGACCUGGGGCUAGGCCUGCUCUGCCACCAUCUAGCCAUGUGUCUUUGGGUAGAUUUAUGUCCUCUGAUCCUCAGCUCGCAAAAUGGGCUGGGUGAAUAUCAUGUCUCCUGAAACACCUAUUAACUUCCUUUUCAUUUUCUCAGUGAAGCAGUAGGUCCUUGGAAAGAGGGUGUGCCUCAACAAGGCCCCAGUCUUCCCUUCCUUCAGGAGGGGCCAAACUCUCUGGAUUUUUGGUAACUGAGUCACUAACUCCCUGUGGCUACAGAUGGGCUGGGAUAUGUGGCUUGUGCUGGGCAGGCACUAGUUGAGAGUGGCCCAACCUUUCAUAAUCCCGGAAGAUCUACUACCAGGGAGGCCAAUACCCAGGCAGCACUUUCCUCUGGAGCCCACCGUGGAUCUGCAAAAUGUAUAAGUACUCUCAGGGCAUAGAGUUUAGGUGAUUCUGUGGCAAGUGUGAAAAUAUACCCAGGGAUCGGGAGAGGUAGCAACAACCAUAAGAAAUACCCCAGGUGGGUUAGCAAUUAGAGUAGAAUGCCUCCAGGGAAUGGAAGUGUGGACAUGCCCCCAGGGAGUUUUAUAGAAAGUGUGGAAACAUCCUUAGAGGAAGGUGACAAGUGGCUGAGUAGCAAAACUAACUGUUGGCUAUCUUCGGGGACAUGUGGAGAGUCAAGCUCCAGGGACAUCCAGGGGGCCUGGCCAGCAGCCCCUAGCCCAGGUCUAGUCCUGAGGUAGGCUUGGUGUUUACAUUCCUGGAGCAGGGGGUCUCCUUCCUCAUCUUCAGUGAGGGAAGGACUGAUUGAGGGCUUGAGUCCUGGUCAAACCCUCAGUCCUCAUACUUAAGGGCUCCUGGGGUCUGAUAGCUCCCUCCCUCCAUCAUCACCUCCCACUGACCUGCUGUCUCCCUGGGGCCAGGCAACCUGAUCUUCUUCCUCCUAGCCAGGGAUGCUGCCCUUGAGCAGGAGCUUGGGAAUAGAUAGUAAGAGGGGGAGGGCCUGUGGGAAUAGGAUCUUCAUCUGACAGACACAAUUGAGGCCUAUGCGAUCACAGGGUGAGGAUGGUAGCUGUUCUGUGGGAUUUCUGCUAGGGAGCACUUUUCAAGCCACACAGACUCAAGUAGUGGUUCUUAAUCUCUGGGGUCAAGGACCGCUGUUUAGGAAAUCAUGAUGAAAACCAAGGUCCUUCUUUUCAGAAAAAUACACAUGGACCAUGGCCCCAGGCCACUAAGUUAAAAAUGCCUAAUCUAGACAGAUACCCAGCAAAGGCAAUGGCGUAUAGUGAUCUGGAAUCUGCACGGGUUAAAAUCCUGUGUGUCUUACUAGCUUUGAGAUUUUGGGCCAAUUAUCUUACAUCUCUGAGCCUCAGUUUCUUCACCUAUAAAAAAGGGAUAGGGGCUUCCCUGGUGGCGCAGUGGUUGAGAGUCCGCCUGCUGAUGCAGGGGACAUGGGUUUGUGCCCCGGUCUGGGAAGAUCCCACAUGCCGCAGAGCAGCUGGGCCCGUGAGCCAUGGCCGCUGAGCCUGCGCGUGUCCAGAGCCUGUGCUCCGCAACGGGAGAGGCCACAACAGUGAGAGGCCCGCGUACCACACACACACAAAAAAGGGAUAAUAAUUAUACCCACUUCCUAGAGUAAUCAUGGGGAUUACAUGAGGUAAUAUAGGUAAAGUGCUUAGUAUAGUACCUGGCACAUGAAUGUUAGCUAUAUGAUGAUGAUGAUGAUGAUGAUGAUGGUGAUGAUAAAUAAUCACAAUACUGGGCGAUUUCUUCCUUGCUUGGAGAACUAUUUUUACCCUUCAAGGUCCAGGUUGGAUGUCCAAUCCUCUGGGGAGCAUUCCCCGACAGAGUCUGGUCAUAUAUAUCACUCCUAGAGCAUGCAACAAUAUUAAUAAUUAUUAAUAAUAAACUAGUUGCUUAGUUUAUUGAAUGCUUACUCUGUGCCCAGGUGCUGUUCUGAGCACUUUGUAUUUAGCUCAUUUAAUUCUUAUGAGAGCCCAGAGAGGAUACUAUUAUUAGCUCAUUUAAUUCCUUUAAGGGCUGAGAGGAGGAUACUAUUAUCCUUGCCAUUUGACAGAUGAGAAAACUAAAGCACAGGUAAGUUAAAUAACUUCUAAGGUCAUACAGAAAACAAAAGCUUGAAGGCAGGCUGACUUACCAGAAAGGGAACACAAACACACACAAAUACACACACACACACACACACACACACACACAGACACACACGAGAAAGCUUUCCCACGCAUCCUUGUUGUACCCUUAUCACUGUUCUGGGGGCUGGGGGAGGUAUCCCCAGCCACAAUGGGGAGACCAGUCUGUGGUGCCUCUGACUCCUCUCUACCUCCCAGGUUUCUGCACUGCCAUAGGGCAGCCCCCUGAGGCCUCUUCACUCCCCCAUCAUGCUCCAGCGCCUCACCAGCCUCUUCUUCAGCUCCCCGGCGCCCCCCGAGGACCCCGACUGCCCUCGAGCCUUCGUCUCCGAGGAGGAUGAAGUGGAUGGCUGGCUCAUUAUUGACCUGGCGGGUGAGGCCCGAGUCUGGGGCCAGGACUGACUCCUGAGCCUGUGAAGUCGUCAUUAGGGCAAGUGGCCAAGCAGUUGAGCAGGGAGCUGCUAAGGGGUUGGGGAGUUCCCCCGGGCCUACUGGGCAAAUUGGGGCUGAGGCAGUAAUAUUGGAGGUGGAGGGUAACAGGGCCCCAUCUCAUGCAAGCUGGGGCCAUCUCCUGGCGGUACAGUGUUGGAGUCCACACCUCACGCGCCCUAGGGCAGCAGGUCGAGACUGUGGAUGCCCAUUGGGUAUGGUGGGCGGGGCUGCGUGUCGGACUAACGAUGCCCUUUCUCUCCCUGCCCCAUUGUGUCCGGUGUGUGUGUGUGUGCGUGUGUGUGUCCCUCCCUGCUGCGCCCCCUCGUCCGCAUGGCUCCCCCUCCCGCGCCACGUAGACAGCUUCACAGCUCCACCCAGCCCCGGGGCCGCCCCGGCCCCUGCGGGCCGCCCUCCGCCCGCACCCUCCUUGAUGGAUGAGAGCUGGUUUGUUACCCCUCCGGCCUGUUUUACUGCAGAAGGGCCUGGGCUCGGGCCUGCCCGCCUCCAGAGCAGCCCCCUGGAGGACCUCCUCAUCGAGCACCCCAGCAUGUCCGUUUACGUGACCGGCAGCACCAUAGUGCUGGAGCCGGGACCUCCUUCCCCGCACCCUGACGCCGCCCUGCCAGACGGAGACCUUAGCGACGGGGAGUUGGCGCCUGCUCGCCGUGAACCCCGGGCCCUGCACCACGCCGCCCCUCUGCCGGCGCGGGCCACACUGCUGGAGAAGGCGGGCCAGGCGCGGCGCCUGCAGCGGGCCCGGCAGCGGGCCGAGCGCCACGCUCUGAGCGCCAAGGUGGUGCAACGGCAGAACCGCGCCCGCGAGAGCCGUCCGCGCCGGCCCAAGCACCAGGGCAGCUUUGUCUACCAGCCGUGCCAGCGCCAGUUCAACUACUGAGCUUCCGCCGGCCGUGCCGCAAACCCCUCGCUGACUCCCGACCCUUAUCCAGCCCCUCCGCCGCAGCCAGUGUGCUGCUUGAGGGGCGCCUGCAGCCCACUUCGGGCUGGACACCACAACCUCCCUUCUUAAGUGUGUGAGGUGGGGGUGAUAGCCUCACUCUCUCUCUCUCUCUCCUACUCCUUCUAUUUCCCUAUCUCUGAUCCUCUAAUCUGCCUCUGAACCUCCCCCUCUCCCUUCACCCUCCCACCUUCUGGCCCCUUCUGGCAUCUAAUGCUCCAUCUCCCCCACCGCCGACACUCCGUCGGUUCCCAUCCUGAUCUUUGCCCUGACAUUCUCCAUCCCUGCCCUCCGGUCCUCUACUCUGGCCCACUCCUAUUUCUGAGAGUGUCUUCUUCCAGUUUCAUUUCUGGCUCAUUCCCUACCUUCAGCUCCCACUUUACAAGCCUCAGUCUAUCUAAUGUUUGGCACUGCAUUCACUCCUGCUCCCUUAUUACUCAUUCCCAGUAAUUCUCCCACUGAGACUAAAGGGUUCUGCCUUUAGUCUUCCCCUUCCCUCUCCUCUGGGGGCUGGGCUCCUUGGAGUUGCCUAGGUAUGGAAAGGUAAGGCAUGUGGGAAAGGACUGUGAGAUGUGAGUUAGAGGGAGAAGGUGGAGGGAAUCGAGGAAAAGAGGAAACCUAUUGAAAAUGUAGACAGGACAGACAGGUUAAGAUGCUGUAGGGAGCAGGGCACAAUGGGGGCUGGCAUGGUGCUUACUCAGAGAGGCCAAGCCCUGCUCUCAAGCUGGAGCCCACAUCACUUUUCUACAAUGCCACCUCCCAAAUCUCUUCCUGAAAUCAACCCCUCUGCCGGUCCCUGUAUCUGAAAGGCUUAGUUAGUACCUUGCUGCCCUACCCACAUCAACCCAGCAGUAAAGGCUGGGCAAGGCCCUGCCAUCCUAGACAUCUGUUCAUAUGCCCCAAGGUGCUAGAACUAGCUUAGGAGAGAUGCAGGCCAGAGGGAUUCUAGGCAGGAGAAGGACACACCCCAGGAUAAGAAUGCAGAAUGAUGCUGCUGGGGAGGACAAGCUGUGGGGUGAAGCCAACCAAGGAAUGGCAGCUAGCCUUCAUCUUGCCUCUGGCCUUGUAUUUCAUACUCUGCCAGGAUGGCUAAUAAACACUCCUGAGUAGGAGGCCAGGAGCCCCACUGCCACAAUCCCCAAAUAGUCCCUGUCCAGGUUCAGGGCCUUUAGGGGAGCCUCUCUUCAUUUUCUUUCCCAGGGCUCUCUUCCUUUCUAGGCUGCUGGGGGGAAAUGGGUACCCUAUGGUUCCCCUUCCCUUCUCCUCCAGUAAGUACCUGGAAGAGGGAACCUGAAUAUCUGGGUGAGACAAAGGGAACAGGGGCAGCCAGCUUUCCCCUUCUCACGGUGGGAUUGACUUCUGGGCUCAGACACCAGCAACAGCCUCUUGGGAUGCCCCGAGUUGCUUCCCCUUUCCUCUUUCUGUCCUUUUCUAGUGUGUGCUCUUUCUUCCUUGAAACCUUUAAGAUUUCCUAUUACAUACUAACACAGGUCUUUCCCUUCAAUUCUAGGUUUCUAGGCCUCACAGCCAAGCUGAGGCUAACAGAAAACUCUGCAACCCCAUGCGGGCAAAGGCAGCUGCCCUCCCUGGCCCUAUAACCCUAGGUCUCCAGUGGGGUGUAUGGAUAAGGGAGGGGGUAGCCCCAUGGAUGCUGGGAUAGGGACAGAGAAAGCCCUGUUGGGGUCUCCUAUCCAAAGGAAUAAGCCAAAUUUACAGUAAGAGCAGAUCAAAUUCCCCAUGCUGGUCCACUAGGGCCCUAGUAGUUGACAACCUUGCUCCUCUCUCCAAGGUUCUCCUUCAGUUACGACCUAGUCCCUUUUAUUCUUCCAGCUACUCCUUGGUUACUUCACAGCCAGCUUAGGGUCUUCAGCACUUCCAAGAGCUGAAACUCCCUCCAACUCUUCUUGCCUACUCCUUUGCUGCCAGCUGGAGCCUAGGCUCAGUUCUGGGCAGUGCUCACAAUCCUUCUGUGGGGGAAAAGUGAGUUAUAGGGCAUUUGGCUCAAAUUUCAAAAGGCCCUUACCUUACCCGUAUUUCUGGAGGCUCCUGUAGUUCUAGAACCCUCCAACAUCAUCACCUGGCUGGUUGCAAGGCUCAUGUUUUUGUACUUUCCUAUAGAUUCUGUAGCAUUUGAGUGUGACAAUAUUUUAAUUGUGUAUAGAUUUCUAAGAGCCAACACUAGUUUGGUCUCCUGCUAGUCUGACUCCUGAAGCAGCAGAACUCGUCAUACUGUAUUGACUGUGUAUGUGCCUUUCACCUUGAGCAUGCUUCAGGAUUUUUUUUUAAACCACAGAACUUGAAUACAUGAGGGAACCAGAAUUCACAAAGUCCUAUGCAACCUUAGACAGGAGGAGGUUAGAGAGUCUGUCUUUACUGAUGUUUCAGAGACCCUGUAGAAGUUUGUUCCAGACUGCAUUACUUAACGUCAAGACUACCAGCGCUUUGCCAAAACUGAGUAUGUGAGAGGGACCCCUAUUUCUAGAGUGAGUCCCAAUUACAUCAAAGGACAACUUCCAGUGAUUCUCCAAUACAUCUCUCUUCAAACUGGGUGUCAUUUCCAGCCUUUGCAGUCUGGCCCCAUCAGGGUCCCAUCUGUGUAUGAAUGCGGUUUGCUGCUGUUUUGGAGUAUGCUUGCUCCCCGGCCCCCACCUGGAACCUUGAGUUUGCUCUGACCCAUAAUGUUAGGUGCGUUGAGGACCCCACCAGAGCUCUUGGAUGACUCCUCAGAUCCAUGUGGCUUUAUGUGAGGGGACUGAAGGCAGACAUAACAUGGCCCCUUAUAUCUUCCCUCUUGCCCUGCUGCCUAGUUCCAAAUGGAACCAGUAAGAUGAGUGCGUCCCUCUUGGGUGUUUUGUGUUGAGACUGGCUGAAAAGAGGAGACUCUGGUUGACCAUGUUAUGACAUGUUGACAGACUCAAGGACACAACCGCCUCAGCCUGCUCACGUGGCAUGCCUGUGUAUGUGUGUAACAGGAUUCUGAUUGUUAGACUGUAAUGUUAUUCCUCUAUGGGAGAAAAAGUUAAUAUAAAGAAAAACAAAUAAAAAUCUAUUUAAAGCA